CUUCAUCAUGUGGGCUUCCGAUAAAAACGGCCCUCAGCACGAGCCGAGCGGCAGGCGCCGGCGCAUCCUGCGCGGCCUUCUCUACUGUACCGGCGACAUGGCGGAGUUUCAGAAAUUCAUGGAAAAGAAGCCUUAUCUGCUGCAGCUAGUGGUCUGGUGCCUGAGGGGAGUGGCGCGGGUGAUCCUGGCCAAUAACCCCGCCAGCGGAGCCCUGAUCCUGGGGGCCCUGCUCAUGACCAGUCCCUGGGUCACCCUGCUGGGGGUUCUGGGCCUGCUCACCUCCACACUCACCGCCAUCAUCAUCGGCCAGGAGAGUAAGGAGGUGGUGGGGGGACUCCAUGGCUUUAACGGGAUGCUGGUGGCUCUGCUGAUGGGCACUUUCAGCUCUGCAGGGGACUGGUACUGGUGGCUCCUACUGCCAGCCUGCCUGGCAGGAGCUACAUGCACGUUCCUGUUCAGUGGUCUUGGGCCAGUGCUGGACCGCUGGGACCUGCCUGUGAGUGUGUUCCCCUUUAACACGGCCAUCCUGCUGUACCUGUGCUGCACUGGACCCACCAACCCCUACUUCCCACACCACCCCUCCACCCCACCGGGGGCGCUGCAGCACAGCAACGCCACGCUCAACACACUGCAGGUCCUGCAGGGGGUGGUGUUGGGUGUGGGACAAAUCUACGCCUGUGGAGAGCUCUGGCCCUCAGUGCUCAUCCUGGCAGCGGUGUUCCUCUUCUCCCCCCUGCUGUGUGCCCACGCGCUGCUGGGGUCUGCGGCCGGCACACUGGCCGGGCUGUCGGUGGCAGUGCGGUCCUCCUGCCUGUACUCUGGGCUCUCAGGGUUUAAUGGGGCUCUGGGCUGCAUGGCGGUGGGGGGGCUGUUCUUCACCAUCAGCUGGAGGACUCACCUCUUCUCCAUCGCUUGCGCCUUCCUCUCAGCAUAUGCCGACAUCGCCCUGAGCAACCUGCUGGGAAUGAUGGGUGUCCCAGCAUGCAGCUGGGCUGCGACCCUCACCACCACGCUCAUGCUGCUCCUGACAGCGCAGAACCUCUCGGCCUAUCGGAUUCCCCUGGGCAGGGUCACGACCCCCGAGAACAACCUGCGCACACACAGCCACUGGACAGGAGCAACCACAGAGAGCACUGACGUGUAGAGCAACUCUCUCCCUCUGUCUCUCCCUCUCUCUCUCUCUCCCUCUGUCUCUCCCUCUCCCUCUCUCUCCCUCUGUCUCUCCUUCUCUCUCUCUCUCCCUCUCUCUCCCUCUGUCUCUCUCCCCCUCUCCCACUCUCCCUCUGUCUCUCCCUCUCUCUCUCUCCCUCUGUCUCUCCCUCUCUCUCUCUCCCUCUCCCUCUCUCUCUCCCUCUGUCUCUCUCCCCCUCUCCCUCUGUCUCCCUCUCUCUCUAUGUGUGCAUCCUCCUCUCUCUAAGUGCAUGUACUGAAUGCACGGUAUUGAAUUACAUAUAUUGUUGGAUCUGGACUGUGUCAUUCUCUCAGAUGGAGGAUGCAAUGCUACCCUCCCCCACCCCCAGAUCUGAUCCUUAGAGACCAGCCAAGUGCCUUAGAGACCAGCCAGGUCAGUUAGAGACCAGCCAGGUGCCUUAGAGACCAGCCAGGUUAGUUAGAGACCAGCCAGGUGCCUUAGAGACCAGCAGGUCAGUUAGAGACCAGCCAGGUGCCUUAGAGACCAGCCAGGUUAGUUAGAGAACAUUUACU